CGCUUCAAAUGGAUUUUCAUSAAAAUCAGCUGUUUUUAUUAUUCAAUCAUGGGUGCAAUAUAAAUGGGUCAUUGUUGGAAUGUUUGUUUGAAGAGUUUYAAAGCCUCGCAAUAGCUGAGAAUCUAAAAAAAUAAUCAGAAACUGAUGGCCUCAAGUAGAGAUCAGUUUUUCAAGGGUAAAGUUAUACAGAAUUUAUAUCGAGAUGACSAUGACAGCUCAGAUGAAGGUCUUGAAGAAAAGCCCACAGGCACACUUGCAGCUGUGAAUACUGUACCUGUGAAAAGAAAAAUUACUACUAAACAAGAAUCUAAUGAUACUGCAGAUUGGCCUGUUCCGCUCACCAAGCUAAAGAAGGUUCAUACAGUAAGUGUAAAACCAGAAGACAUUCAGGAAUCAAUUUCAAACAUAGUUACAUGUGCCCCUAAAGAAGGUGGUCAGGAAUCAACAACGUCGCGAGAGAAAAGAAUAGCCAGAAAUAAGAAAAGAAAGCUAAAAAAGAAACGCCAAAAAGAAAAAGAAAAGGAAAGCAAAAUGAGAUCGACAGACACUUCCACGAGUUCUGGUCGUGAAUUUACAUACUGACAAACUGAUGAGUGAUAACACGGUUUUCUUUGCGCCUUCUUCAAGUUGUCACAGAAUCAAGACUGCAAGUUACUAUUAGCACCAAUGACAAGAUCAAAGAUGGACAAAUCUAUAAAAAAAUUGGACAGACUCUGUCUUUGAACUGCAGUAUCUCUGGACCAAACAAGAAAUCACAAGUUCUUAUUGAAUGGCUAAAAAAUGGUAAACCAUUGUCCUCCUCUAAUACAACUAAUGGAUGGUUUGUAAGCAAGAUAUCAAAUAUGUCCCUAUCGCAAGGAGGUUAUUACAAGUGCAAGGCAACUUAUGAUAAAAACACACAAAGUGAAGGAGUGUUUGUCAAUCUAGAAGGAAAACCACAGAUCAUUAGAUGUUGUGGCCUCUUCACUAGAAACCCAGUGUAUGUUGYAGUUGGCAUGCRACAAACUUUUAAAUGUACUGCAACUGGUUGGCCUCUACCAGACCUCAAAUGGUUCUACAAUGGCAUUGAAGUGAGAAAGCAAACYGAUGAAAAAAAUGGAACAUAUGAGCUUGAGUCAGUGACAAAUGGACUGAAUCUGCAUAUGCUUSCAAUGUCAAAAUAUGAGGAAGGGCAUUACACUUGCCAAGCAAGCAAUAUUUAUGGAAGGGAGACUUACACAAAUGUUGUGACAAUGUUUGGUCCAGGUAGGGACCCAGAGGUACGCGCUGUUAACCCCCAAGUUCUUGCUACCGUUGGACGAAAUAACAUCACACUAACAUGUAUUGGCAGUGGCGCACCUAAAUUUGAUACAAAUGUAGGAUGGUUUCAUAAUGGAAAAGAACUUGAAAAAGACUACAACAGCAGCAGACAUCUUGCUUUUAAUACAGAGUACUAUGAACAAAAGAAAUUGGGUGCUGCCAAAAAAGUGAAAAUGCAGCUGACUAUCUUUGAUAUCACCAAAGAUGAUAAUGGCAAUUAUACAUGUAAAGUCUAUGUCAACGAUGAAACUGUCAGCGACACCAUUUUAUUGACUGUUGCAAAGAAGGAACCAAACAAACCUGACCUACCUGAUGAUUCUAAGAUGCUGUUUAAAGUGGUGAUCCCAGUUGCUGUUUCAGUGUUUAUUUUGGUAGUUGUUAUAUUGGUUUUCUAUAGAUGCAGAAGCAAAGCAGAUCCACCAAAAAUCCCCAAAGGYCCAUUCAAGUAUGGAGCGUUUAUAACAUACAGUAGUCAGGACUACCCCUGGGUCAAGGCCAACUUGUUAACUUUUCUCAAUGAAAAUGGCAUCRAAACUUGUAUUCAUUAUCGCAACUUUGAAGCUGGAGUGUUGCUGGAGCAAAAUAUAGUCAACUGCAUAUACASGAGCCGAGUGGUGAUUGCAGUGAUAUCCAAGAAUUACAUGAAGAGUAAGUAUUGCCGUUCAGAGCUCGACUAUGCCCUACAUCGUAGCAUUGAAGAGCCAGGUUUCAACCCACUMAUAGCACUGAAGAUUGACGAGUCAGUCAAACGCAAGAAACUCCCUUUGGGGAUACGCAGGAAGACAUUCCUUGAYGCAACGAGUGAUGUGGAGAAAGAUACCUGGAAGCAGAGACUUUUGAUGCACUUAAAAGGUAAAGAGGAUGAUCAAAACCAAAACGUCUUGAAUGGUGGAAUCAACCAUGAAAAUAACCCAGGAGAUGAUGUUCAUGUACCGCUAAUGGAUCCUGAGCAGRAUAGAGAAAAUUGUUGUGUUUAAAGGAAAUAAGAAGUGAGAUCCCUGGUGUGAGAUGACUGAAAUCAUGCAUACAGCGUUAUGACAGAGUUAAUUAGGCCUGAGGGAAACUAGACAUUUAUAGACUGAGUGGCAACUCCCUUACAAAAAAGGGGGGGGUA